CACCGAUCACACUUUCACUUUCACUACAAAGCUGUAUAAAUACACCUGCAGCUCUCCUCCUCACAGCAACACCUUCACACUCCUGAAGAGACUCACUGAAGAAGCACACGAGCUCACGCCUACGAACAAACAGAGACAUGGCCUCUCGCAUUGCAGUUCUCCUCUUGCUGGGUGUCGUCUGCGUUGGCUUUGCAACAGCUCAGAUGCUGCUGGACUGCUGUCUUAAUGUCUCUAACAAGCCCGUGCCGCUCCAAAUCCUUCAAAGCUACAACAUUCAAGAAGCUGGAGAUGGUUGCAAAAUCGGCGCCACUACGUUCCUUACAAAGGUUGGAAGAACACUUUGCGUCUCCCACCCCCUCGAUAAAGCAUGGGUGAGAAAAUACAUCAAACAUCUGGAUGAGAGGAAAACAAGACAUGACUAAAUCAGGUGUAGAGAGGAGUGCACUCGGGGAAAAGACGGCUGAAGAUCAAGAAGCGCCGACGAGAGCUGAAGACGUCAGAAUCAUUUCCAUUUGGGUCCCAGUCUUGUACUGUAGCAGAUCAAAACAGUUAGAGAAGAUCCGAUCUG